GGGGGGGGGGGAAUGGCUGGCGUAUGGUUUGAUGGUUGCUUUGGGAUGGUUUAUGCUGGACUUGCGUCUCUGAGACUGGGCGAGGAGAUGAGUUUGAUGUAUAGUGCUAUGCUGUACUGCACUUAUUCACGUGGCGCAAUUGACCUUUCCUAUUCCUUUGCUUUGGUUCUUACGCUCUGUUUGUCCCUGUAGUAUAUCUGCUGGCUAGUCGUGGGGACCGAGUCGGAAAGCUUCUCAUUCAGAGCUAGUGCAUGAGAACUUGAUGUCUCGUUGUUUUCUCUUCAAGAACAUGGGUAAAUAGGUCUUUCUAUAGGUUUUCCUAUGAUUCAACAAAAGCUUGACUGCUGGCCGCUGCACAUCUUCGAUGCUAAGCCCAAGCAUCGCUGGGCGUCUUCUGCUCUGUGGGUUAUAUAGUACACACAGCACUAGGACCAAG